GAAAAAAGGCUGACUAGAUGACUGCUUCUGUCCAUCAUCUAUAUCUCUACUGCUUUUAGUCAAAAUGCGUAUCAAUUCAGGCUCUGCGGUAUUGUUUGCAGUCGGCUAUGCUGGGUGGGUGUUCCUUUGCAACGGAGAGGUUGUCGUGCCAGCAGCCAUGGCACAGAGUGCUGCCGGAAUACAAGGCACUCAAUCGCCACCGGUUCAAGAGGGCGACCAAGAGACAGACGAACUGCCGAAAGUUGAUGUUGAAAUUGUUCCUGGAAGGAGGUGGAAAACAUCGCGAAGGGCGCUGAUAAAAAUGAAACAGCGCUUCAAGCAAUUCAUUCACGAUGAGAUUAGCAAAGUCGCACACGAAUACGACCAACAGUUGAACGCGGUUACGCAUCCCCCUGACCAAGCACGGCAUGUUAGGCGGAGCCCACUUGACGUUUAUGAACAGCUCCUUGGAACGCCUCCGGAAAUCACUCACCCGCUUUUAAAGGCCACUACACAGCAGCGAUUCCAAGCAGUUCAGGAACACGACAUGCCCACUACUGCAGCUCCACUCGACGCAAAUGUCUCUCUGGAGGGGCUUAGUAAUCUCCUUGAAUCCAACACAGUUGGGGGUGCUCUUGAUAUGCAGCAGGACGCAACAGGAAACCAGUAUCUAAAAGCCCUUGUCCAAGGGAUAGAACAAUAAGGAAAGGAUACCCAGGGUAACUCCAACCGGAACGGGACAGAGUGCCAAUCUCCGCCAAGAAACACACAGGACACUAGGUAGCAACAUCAUGGUUCGAGCUUGACAGGCGGAGCAGCCUCAGCUACUGAGGACA